ACAUCACCAGCCCUAAUGGCCUACUCCUUCGCUAAAACCCUAAUUCGCUUUUCCGCCGCCAAACAAACUGCCACCCGCCGCCUCUCCAGCAGCAGCUCCUUUAUUGAGCUGACGGCGUCGGAGGCUGAAGCCAAGAUGGUAGAUAAGAUUGAAGAUGCCAUUCAUGGCAUCAUCGUCAUUAGAUCCAAACCAGAUUGGCUUCCCUUUGUGCCUGGAUCCUCUUAUUGGGCCCCACCUCGGCGAGUCUCAUACGGCGUCGCCGAGGUUGUCAACAAAAUUGCAAACGCGUUGACUGAGGAGGAGUAUUUAUCUCUUACUAGCUUGCAGGGAUGGCCUUCAUCCGCCUACUACAUCCACGAUGGUGCUUGUUCCCAAAUGGAUUAUGCAGGGAGCAAGAUUUCAUCUGCCAAUAUAUCUGUGCACGAGGAAGAAGAGUAGACAAGUUAGUUUGUAGAGAUAUAAUUAUGUACAGCCAGCUCUCAUGGAUUACGGUCUGGUAUAUAUGUUAAUAGCAUAGAUAACCAGUGUAUAGAAAUGUUUGUACCUUGCAUAACUUCAAUAUUUUAACUUAAGUUGUCAAGGAAAAUAUAAAUUGUGGAAAUAUUCAGUUGUACAGAUUAUUAACCAUUUUGAUGAGCGCAUUUGCUUGGUUCCAAAGACUGUAGAUUCAAAAAUGUUUGGGCUUUAAAUUUUAAGCUCUUGUAAACUUCA